AGUAAAGGGAAUUCCAGGUUAUAUUUAAUGCAUGCAGGUUGUGUUCCUGCUCUGCUAUCACUGCUUCCUCUCUCUCUGUUUUGUUGUGGCAGCUGUGCUUGAGGGGAUUCAUUUUAGUUUUGGCAGUCGAACUGUCCCUAUUUUGUUCCAAGUUGUGAUUCAAUUGCGGUAUGCAAUGCCAAGAGUGUUGUUUGUUGGAUGUUUUGCAAAUAAAUUAAGAAAAAAAAAGAAUAACCCUCAACAUUGGGUUUGCAUUUUUUCUAAUAGAGGGACAUGCUGCUUUAAUUGCUUUUUGCUCUCAUUUUAAUUUUACAUUUUCUCUGGAGGGAGUUAUUAUUCUUGCUGCAGUGGCACCCUUGCUUCACGAGUACAGAGGAAAGGGCGGGAUGUUUCUGCGGUCAUGGACAAAUUCCUCUGUCUGUUCUCCCUCUACAUCAGCAGGUGUUAUGGAUCUACAUUAUUUCCCGAGCUGGAAAGUUGCCCUGCUGCUUCUCUUGGUGCCAUGCGGGCUGCAGUGUAUGUCGGUGCAUGUACUCAACGAGGAGCCUGUGCAUGUGGUGCCGGGACAACAACUCUUUCUGAGGGCUCAGAUCGAGCAUGGACCCCUGGAAGAAGUCUCCUCGGUGACCUGGGAGAGGGAGCCUGAAACUGGAGUGACCCACGAGCGAGUGACACUGGCCACGUGCCCGGGCAGGAGCCUCAAGUGUGCCGGCACCAGGCCAAACGUCCAUGUGAAUAUGGAGCAGCAGGAGACAACACUGGAGAUGAAUGCAUACGAGGCAGCAGACGGCGGCGUGUACACUCUGACUGUGACGGAUCACAGAGGGGCCAAAACCAUCGCACAGUGCAUCGUCAGGGAAUACGAGGAAGUGCACCAUGUCUCAGUGAGCAUCAACACGUCUCACUCCACGCUGGUUUGUGGCGAGGCCUGGGGCACUGACCCCCACUUCAGCUGGCUCCAUGAGAGAGCGGCCAUCACUAACUCAGUGGGAAGAGUCUCCAAAGAUGGAACUACAUUGUUGGUGACAAAGAUUCCCAUCUGUGGCCACUUCACCUGCAUGGUCAGCAACGAGCUGGGCCACAGUUCUGCCACCUACACUGCAGCACCUUGUGAGGCAGAGGGCAGAGGGACAAUAGCAGCUGUAGUGUGUCCCAUCUUCCUGCUGCUGUUUGGAGGAGUGCUGGCAUUUCUGCUCUGGAGGCGACACCGGCACAGCAACAGAGGAGAGAGGCUGCACGAACAUUUGGAUGACACCAUCUAAAAAAAGGCCAAAGAUACACUUCUGUUUCUCAGAGAAGAGAACAGGAAAUGGACUAAACCGUGAGGCUGGGGCUUCAUGUCCUGUGAGCAGAAUGACCUUUGGAACAAUGUGAAGAGUGAACUGCUUACUGGCAAAUACAAAAAAACAUCUAAAAAUGGAUAUUAAACUUGUAGUGCCAGCGAUGUCUUUGCACUGCCUCCUGCUGGUCUACCUGACACUGUGUAUUUGUUAAAGUCAUGUUUUUAUAAGCUUGUAUCAGAUGUGAAUGGUUUUAUACCUUCAAAUGCUGCCUUCAUAAUAAAAUCCCUUCAAAGAGUGAAAGAGAACUCAGUGGUUCAGCAGUUUUUUGAAACACUAUUAGUUUACUCAUCUAAAAUUAGAUUUAAUAAACAUUGUGUUUGAACUGCAUUUGUUGUUACAUGCACCAAUACACCAUUUCCUUGUACCGUGCUUGAAAACUUGGCAAUAAACUGGACUGUGAUUCUGA